UAUUAUUCAAAUGUCUUAUUUUGAAGUUCAGAAGGAGAAAUUAAAUCUCUGCCAUAACGAGAAGCUUCUUAAUGGGUUUAUUUGAACACACAAGAAUCCAAUACUAAGCUAUGACAAGGAGGGAGCUCCCUCUUUGAGGGCUCCUUCAAGAAAUGGGUUGAUAUAUUUGACAGAGAGAAAUAUACUAUUUUCACCUAAUUCAGGAGAUAAAGAUGAUAUUAUUGUCAUACCACUGAAUGAGAUCACGGAGCUCAAGAAGCAAAACUUCUUCUUUAAACUCCAGAAAUCUAUUGUCAUAGUAACAGGCAAAAACAAGCAAGAGUUUUGAGGAUUUGGUGAUAGAAACGCCGCUUUUCAGUGAAUUUUGACUCUAUGGAGAAACGUGAACCCAGAAGGAGUUAACUUUACUAUUAGUUGCAAGUGAGAGAUCUGCAUAAGCGCGCAGGAUAAGACAUAUGAAAAUGAGGGAGUUCACCUGAAGUAUAACUGGGGUGAGGAAGAAGAAAUAGAGUCAUACAGGUCCUCUUUUGACCAAAGGAUAGAAUUCAAAUCGUACCAGGCUCCAAAUGUCUCAAAGAAACUUAACUUAGAGUAUUCCGAUAAAGUUCAGAAAUCUCCAAGGCCCAGUCACUCUCCAACUUCUGCUGAGAGUCCAUACCUCUGCAGGACCUUUAAAGGAAUGACUUCCUUCACUGAGCAAUCAGUUGAUCCUAGCUUGGAGGAUGCUAGAAAAAGCCUCAGGAGUACCGCUGCUUCAGAAUUCCCUGAGAUCAGAAAAGAUGAGCUUAUUGAGGUUGACUUGAGAAGUCUAAAGAAGCUCGGAAAGAACAUUACACCAACAAAGAAUGAAACUGAUGUUCUUGAGGCUUACUUUCCAAUGAGUCUUGAGAAGUUCUGGGAGGUCUACUUCUCAGAUGACGCAAAGUUCUCCUUCCAAGACUUCUAUACUCACCAGAAGCAGAAAAAUUUUAAAGUGUCUAAAUGGGAAUCUGUGAAAGAAGAGAGCAAAGAAGAUGCCUCCCAAAAAUUGAAGAGGUCCUUUAAUAUGACCAUCAACAUCAGUGGUGUUCCAUUCUGCUCCUCCUCUAAGUGUAUCAGAGAGAGCACAGUGACUAAGUCUGAUGAAAAGAUUGAAUAUGAGUCAAGCGUCUCCACUCCUGAUGUGCCUUAUGGCAAUUAUUUCUUUCUUAAAGAGAGAUGGGUGGUCGGAUCAACUGUCCCCAAUGGAAAUCAGGUCUAUGUCAGAGUAUUCAUGCACUUGGAUUUCGUCAAGUCCACUUUCUUCAAAUUAAAAAUUGAAUCUAGAGCAGUGAAAGAUUACAGUGAUGACGCCAAGUUGUGGGAAAAGCUAGCUAGGAAGCAUAUCCCCAAGCCAAAGCCAAUAAGAAAGAAAGCUGCCCCAAUUACAAAGGUUGAGGAAAGAAGGAGGAGAAGAAAAACAGCCCCGAUGAAGAAAAAGACCUUAGUGGAAGAGGUUGUUAUUAUGGAGGAAGAAGAUGAGUGUGAGACCUGAGAAUCUCCUCAGAACUCUUGGAUCAACCUACAAGCUAUUCAGAAAAGCUUCAAUCCUCAAUCUAUUCACAACUUCGUGUUGAUCAUCCUCUCAAUGGCAGUGAUGUACCUGUUUUGGAAGGUUUUCUCAAUGCAGAAGCAGAUUGAAUAUUCUCAUUAAACUUAGAUGAAAA